AUGAUGGUACAUGCCGAGGCAGGCCACUCCAAGUCUCCACUCUCCUCUCUGACUGGCUGCUGGAAGAAAUGGGAAGAGAGGGGAGGCGGCGGCGGGAAUCUCAACCGGGUAAAGCGAGUUCUGAGCUCCUGGAUCCAUGUGUCCACCGGACACCAUGAGAUGGGGUCACUGGCGGCAUUACUGGCUGUUAUCGGGGCUCUCUCAGUAUCGGGGGUCUCAGGUCAGUGUCCGAAUUCUAAGGGGUCAUUACUGAACCUUCCUAGUGUGCCGUGUUACCCGGGGUCCGGUAAUGAGACCUGCACCGUACGCGAUGUCAAUGCUGUGUAUGUCUGUGUGUGUCUGCGGUCGGUAUUCGAUGCUGAAGUGAUCGCUGCCAUUAAUGGAACCGAGUGUUCGAUCCUGGCGUUCGAUGGAACUCCGGAGAAUGGAUCUGUUCUUAUAGCGUUUGUUCCCUAUGAACACCGUAAUAGCUGCAUUAUCAUUACUAGACCGCCCGGUAUGGAGAGAUUGUCUGUACAACACGACAACAACGGGGAAAAGCAGGCUGCAAACUGCACCGACACAGGUAGGUAA